AUGAAUGUAAGCUUAGCACGAAUGAGAGCCCAGGCAGAGGGCCAAGACCAACUCUGCACUGUGCAGGACGUUAUGAAGUUGGAGCAACAGCUGAUGUCUCAGGCCAUGGCGUUGCACUGGUUCCCAACUCUGUGUCCAGACAUCCCUGUCAAAUUUGUCCUGGGAAUUGGCAAGCUCAACCCACCAAGGAAAAGCACCCACAUUAUUAACCAGCAAGGUCCAUGUUGUCUCUGCCCACUUUCAGAUUUGCGCUUGUUCCCCGAACGAUAUGUUGUGUGUGUGAGCUGUCCAGAGGACGCCUCAGAGCACCAAAGAAACCCGAGCCUGGCCGCAAGUGAACUGAGUGAACAAAGCAGAUCAGAAUACUUUUCCUAUGUGGGAAAAAACCAAGAGCUUUUAAGCAGCCCGACAAAAACAAAGAAGUCUGUGCUUCAAAAGAUAGCCAAACAAGCCAGUGUCCAGCGAGAGCUCUGUGGUUCCACCAUUGGGAUGGAGCAGAAUGACCCGAAGGUCUGCCCCAAAAACCAGAGGCUUGAACUUAAAGCUGCAGGGUCAGAAUCAAGCUCAGAGGCUGUGGCCAUAUCUGUGCUGAAGGCCCACCCGGAGGCAAACCACAGUGUGCCUUGCAACAGUGUGUUAACCGAGUCCAAGGCUGAAACACAGACUACACAAAAGCAAAAACAAGAGGGUGAGCAUGAAAUAAGUAAUGGUACCAGCAAGAGCAAGAGGUGCAAGCCUAAUGAUGAUGCAGGGGAAGACCCUCAUUCACAGCCGGCCAAGAGAACGUGCCUUGGAAGACCUCCAGCCACAACGCGCAAUCAUUCCAGCGAGCACUCCGUGCAAACAUCCAAGCGUGACCUUCCUCCUCUGCCCCAUCUUCCAUUCGAAGCCAAGGCAGAGUCCAAGGCUUUCCCUGUCUCAGAGUGCAAGAAAACCACACUGGAAGUAGAGCUGCUUACUCCAGGGAAACAGGCCCAGAGGCUCCCCCUCACAAGCAAUAACACAGCAGAGACAAACCAAAACAGGCUGGCCACAAGUCUGAGGGGCCUAUCUGUCAAGCCUGCAUCCUCGGGUUCCUCUAUUGGUUCCAGAUCCACUCUUGGAGAAGGGGGGAGUGAAAAUUUGCCCAGAACCUCGAGAUUACGACGACUGAAGAGGUCCUGA